UGCACUGCAGCCUCCAUCUACAGGGGGAAAACACAAUCAACUGUCCACAUUAGAAAUGCAACCGAAGUGAAUUCAUCUGUACAGCUAGUGCCAGAGAUCAUCCAGCUGUGUUUGAUUGACAGUGAUGCCAUGACAACCCCGCAUCAGCUCCCGGGUGUCCAAUGAGAAGUCAGAGUCAGUGUCCCUCCCUGACUCCCAGGUGAGUUUAAAAAUCAGAUUUAAGCAGAUUUCUGUCAGAUGGUUCACGGAACGUUUUCCGCCUCCUUUUUGGCUUCAGUCUGUGAGCCAGAUGGUUUUCAGGUCUCCCCUCGACUUUUUCUCAGCCUCCCGCCUCCUCCUGCCGCACUUUGCGGACGGGUCCCCUGUCUUGGCUCGCUCUCAGUCCCCGGAUGACUCUUCCGUGGCUUGCGCUCCCGUUGCCCUCCCGGGACUGUGUUUCUCUGCUGCGCAGAUCGCCAGCGUGUGCGAGACCCUGGAGGAGACAGGAGACAUCGAGCGGCUGGCCCGCUUCCUCUGGUCGCUCCCGGUGACCUCGGACGGCCGCGACUCUAUUUCUGAACACGAAUCUGUGCAGCGGGCUCGCGCUGUAGUAGCCUUCCACACGGGAAGUUUCCGAGAGCUUUAUCACAUCCUGGAGACUCACCGCUUCACGCGCGCCUCGCACGGUAAAUUGCAGGCGAUGUGGCUCGAAGCGCACUACCGAGAAGCAGAAAAGCUACGCGGGCGGCCGCUCGGACCCGUGGACAAGUACCGCGUGAGGAAGAAGUUCCCGUUACCCAGGACCAUCUGGGACGGAGAGCAGAAGACACAUUGCUUUAAAGAGCGCACCAGGGGCCUGCUGAGAGAGUGGUACCUGCAGGAUCCGUACCCUAAUCCGGGCAAGAAACGGGAGCUGGCACACGCCACCGGACUGACACCGACCCAAGUAGGGAACUGGUUCAAAAACCGCAGACAGAGAGACAGAGCGGCAGCAGCCAAAAACAGUAAUAGGUUGCAGCACCACCACAUGUGUUCCGACAGAGCGCGUGCACUAAGCAGAGGAGGCUGUAGUCCAGACGGGAGCACAGAGCGCGCGGAUGGAGAAACUCUGCUCUCAGUAACGGACAGUGACUCCGACUUGGACGUCUGACACUUUUAAAAGUGAAAUAAACAUUUAGGCUCUGCCGUCGGUCAACUGUGAGGAGAAUGUGUGUGGACAAACGCUGGUCAGGAUUUGCGCUGCAAUAAAUUCGGCGUAUAAAACGCAAUAUUAUUCCACAGGCGAAGCUUACGUUAACCUUUUCUGGGUGUUUUUCUUUCUUUUUGGUGGUCUUCAGGUACAAAUUUUGAAUUGUAACCACCGAUUUUAUUUAAACUGCGUUAUUGGAGGGUGAGUGCACAUCUGCUGACCCAGUUUGUCAUGAACAUAAUUAAACACGCAUCAAGCAAUGCACUCCUGUUGGACUUUAAACCCAGGGACCCCCCAAAGAGAAGACUGAAAACUGCCAGUGAGCGAAUCACUUUCAUUCUCACUCAUUUUCUCAAAUUAUGUGUCAUAAAAAAUCAGUCUAGUUGUUCCUUUAGAGGCUCAAGGUGGACUCCUAAAUGUUUACUGUAGACAAUCAGUCAGCACCACUGAAUUCUGCCUGCUCCCUGUCUGUUUGUAUUUUAAUAACCGUUUUUUGUCAACUUGCCAUUUUUUCGUUAUUUAAAAUUUACUGUGUAGCCAUGUUCUGUCUACUUGAUGUUCAUUUUAAUGCUGAAUAAAUGUUUUUUGGUAUUUUAUAGAAAUAAAGUUAUUUAUUAUAUCACU